AUGUAUGAGAAAUUAAAUUUAGAUAAUCAAUUGACUCAAGUUGUGAUUGUACAUCCCAAUAUUAAAUGGGGAAGGAAUAGGGAUACAUUAUCAACACCUCAACUUCGAGUGGCCGAGGCUGUAGCAUUAAUGGAUACCCUAAAGGGUAAAGUUGUUGCUACAACAGUAGAAUCGUUAAAAAUAGAAGAUAAAAAGACAUUUUUUGGUAAAGGGAAAACUGGAGAAUUAUGCAAUUUGAUGAACAAGCUGAAGCAGAAACAUCAAGUUACCGCUGUCUUCUUAAAUACAACCCAGUUACAGGCUAAUCAACGUCAAACCUUACAGAAAUUAUGGUCGCUACCUGUCUAUGAUCGAUAUGGGAUUGUAUUACAAAUAUUUAAGCGACAUGCGCGUACUCAAGAAGCAAAAAUACAAGUUGAAUUAGCUUCAUUAAAGUAUUUAAGAUCGCAGCUAUCCUUCACAGUUGAGGCGUAUGAUCUUGAUCGAGGCCAUCUUGGGCGUGCUGGUGAAUCAGGUCAGGAAAUAGGCCGAAGAGCACUGGAGUAUAAAUAUAGGCAGUUAUCGAGAAAGCUAAAGGAUAUUCGUCAAAAGAGGGCUACAGUGCGUUUAAAACGCCAACGAAAUGAAAUUCCUACUGUAGCAGUCCUAGGCUAUACCAAUGCAGGAAAAACGACUUUGAUAAAAGCCUUGACUGGUGAGAAGUCAAUGAUUCCAAAGGACAAACUAUUUGCUACUCUAGAUACUACGGUCUAUUCUGGGCAAUUAAUAUCUGGCUUUCAGAUUCUUUAUAUUGAUACAAUUGGCUUCAUUUCUGACCUGCCGCAUGAUUUAUUAGAGUCUUUUUCUGCUACUUUGGAAGAUGUCAUCAACGCUGAUUUACUCCUUCAUAUUCGUGAUAUUAGUCAUCCUGAAACUGAAAAGCAAAAAGCAAGUGUACUUAAUGUUCUAAGAGAUUUAUACUUGCCGAGAACUGCCCUGGAGAAUAUGAUUGAAGUUCAUAACAAAAUAGAUUUAAUAGAAGACUAUCAAUCCAAUCUUUCGACAGAUGAUCACAAUGCCGUGGCAGUAUCAGCUACAAAGAAAGAAAAUUUCGAAUUAUUGAGUCAAAAUAUCGAAAAUGGCUUAAUGAAAACAACUGGCAAGCAAUUUUACAAGUUACAAAUCCCAAACGGUGGCCAACAGCUUAGUUGGCUAUAUCGAGAAGCAAAUGUAUCAGACCUGGUACCAAGCAAAAAUGGAAAAAGCCUGAUUGUAAAAUGUAUUAUGAGUAAUGGUGUAUAUAGAAAAUUUUGUUCAAAGUUCGGCCAGUAA